AUGCCAGUUUUGGCUUACAAUUCUAUGCACUAUAUAAAGAAGAUCAUUGUGGAACUUCAUAAGCCAACAAGUUUUAUUUUUGGUAGCUUUGGUGACUCUUUUAGUGUUGGUUCAUUAAAGUGUUAUUUAGCUGAGUUUAUUGCCACUCUUCUCUUCGUUUUUGCUGGUGUUGGAUCAGCAAUAGCCUACAAUAAGCUCACAUCGGAUGCAGCUCUAGACCCAGCUGGUCUAGUGGCAGUGGCCGUGGCUCAUGGAUUGGGGUUGUUCGUGGGGGUGGCCAUUGCGGCCAACAUUUCUGGUGGCCACUUGAAUCCGGCAGUGACCUUUGGAUUGGCAAUUGGAGGAAACAUAACUAUUCUAACUGGCCUCUUCUACUGGAUUGCCCAGUUGCUUGGUUCCAUUCUUGCUUGCGCCCUCCUCAAAUUUGUUACUAAUGGCUUGGCAAUUCCUACACAUAACGUUGCCUCAGGAAUGAAUGGAUUUGAAGCCUUGGUGAUGGAAAUAGUCACUACAUUUGGUCUUGUGUACACUGUCUAUGCCACGGCGGCCGACCCCAAGAAAGGGUCCCUUGGAAUAAUUGCACCAAUUGCAAUUGGGUUCAUUGUUGGAGCUAACAUUUUAGCUGCUGGCCCAUUCAGUGGUGGAUCCAUGAACCCAGCAAGAUCAUUUGGCCCAGCUGUUGUUAGCGGAAACUUCGAGGAUAACUGGAUCUAUUGGAUCGGCCCACUUAUUGGUGGAGCAUUGGCUGGGCUAAUAUAUGGCGAUGUCUUCAUUAGUUAUUAUCAGGCACUCCCGGCCACCCAAGAAUACACGGCCUGA